UCUUGCAUUGCCAGGGGAAGCCACCCUGGGUGCACCGGUGGACACCUCGCCCACACUGGCGCACUGCAAUGCCUGGGGGAGCCACUCCUGGGGGCGCCAGUGGGCACCUCGCCCACACUGGCGCACCAGAGUGCCUGGAAGAACCACACCUCGCCCACACUGGCGCACCAAGUCCCAUGUGGACGCCUCUCCAUAAAAAACUGUCGCACUGCAAUGACCGGGGAGCAAGUCUUGGAGCGCCGGUGGACACCUCGCCCACGCUGGCGCACCAGAGUGCAAACCGAAAGCCAUUAGACACCUCGCCCACACUGGCGGGCGCACCGCAAUGCCUAGGGGAGCCAUUUUGGGGUUUUCUGUGGACGCCUCUCCAGGAAACUGGCAUGUACUGCAACUGGGGGGUAGCAGCUCUUGGGGCUCCGGUGGACACUUCGCCCACAUGACUGGCGCAAGGGCCACUAUGCGCGCGCCGGUGGACACCUCGCCCAAACAGGCGCACCGCACGAAUGCGCUGGACGGCCUGCGCGAGAUAGUAUACUUAAGUCGGCAGAAAAGGCCUCAUCUGAGGACCGCGGCAGGCAUCGCGCCGGCAGGUGGUGCGCCCGGUCUCGCAGAUGAGGAGGGAGGAGGCAGAUGAGGAGGAGGAGGAGGAGGAGGAGGAGGAGGAGGAGGAGGAGGAGGCGACGUGAGGACAGAUUCAACCCGUAGGCUCAAAUCUGCUCCAAAUUGCAGGCAAAGAGAAAUGACGUCAUCCACUUUAAAACAUGUGACCAUUGUCGAAGUGAGAUAUCGAACCUCACAAGGAGAUUCAAUGAUGAUUCUCAAUCCGGCACGUUGCGACCUCAAGUCAAAAGCCGAGCAAUCCAAGCCUCGACGGAACUGAUGGAACUGAAGGAGGAAGACGAGAAGAAGAAGAAGAAGAAGAGAAGAAGAAGAGGCGGAAUGAUAAAUAAGAGAGAGAGAGAGAGAGAGAGAGGAGAGAGAGAGCAGAGCGGCAACGCGGCGUGUCGAGCCGACCCGCCAGAGCAUGACGGCCGUGAGCAGCAGCUGCAGCUCCUCCCUCAUACUCCCACCACGGUGGCGGCGCGCCCCGAAGGGCACAAGCGGCCUCAUGACCCGACCUGCACCCCUCCUCGACCAGAGCGCGCCGAGUGGGGCGCCUUUGUGGCGGGCCGCUGCGGCCUGUCGCACGCGGAACGCGACGCACGCCUGCGCACUCUGGCCAGGCGGCGGCCGCAAGCCUUCGGCAGAGCGUAG